AUGGAAGGGGGUCUGGGGAUCAAGAGUCUUGCUUGUGUGAUGUCGGCUUUUAAGAUGAAGUUAGCCUGGAAUGUGAGCUCCAAUAAUGGCAGCAGCUGGGCGUCCUUUGUUCAGGCUAAGUAUGUUACUGAUCAUGUCAGCAUUGAUGGCGUGUGUAGCUCCAAUCACGCCUCUCCCAUCUGGAAGAGGGUCUGCUCAAUGCUGCCGCUGGUUGCACCAAAAUCCAGGUGGCUAAUCGGUAAAGAGGAGCUGAAUUUUUGGAGAGAGGCUUGGUCGGGGCUUCGCCCGUUGGUAGCAUGGUGCCAACAACCCUCUUCCCUGGAAGUUCAGGUGUGCGACCUCAUUGGCACCCAAGGCUGGAUUAACCCAAGUCGAGCCCUAUCACUCCUCCCUGUUGAUAUGGUGGACCAUGUUGCUAGGGAAGGUAUCUACACUUUCCCUAAGAGUGAAGACACAAGAAUUUGGACCCCCUCAGCUUCAGGUAGAUUCAAGGUCGGUUCUGCUUGGGAGCUCCUCCGAACUCCAGGUGUGAUAUAUCGUUGGUACAGAUGGGUGUGGCACCCCCAUAUUCCCCCCAAAAUUUCACUUUUCUGUUGGAAAAUCAUUCACAAGGCAGUUCCAAUGGACGCCAGGAUCCAAGAGAAGGGUGUCGCAAUAGUUUCCAAGUGCGUUUGCUACCCAGCAUCCCAUCAACCGAGCGUGGAAGCGUUGGACCAUCUCUUCUCAGAGGGGACUGCAGCUAGGCAGGUUUGGGGUUAUUUCCAGCCCUUUUUCAGGCUCACCGACACCUCCCAGAGGUCAGCUAUGGGGAGAGCUAACGCAUGGUCGGCCCCCUCCUCUUCGCAUGAUCGUCUGCUUCCGCUGCGCGUCCUCCUUCCUCCCUUCAUUUUCUGGGAGAUUUGGCUAAAGAGGAACAAGGCGAAGUUCAACGGCACCGUCUUCUCUUCUAGUUUGGUUAUCUAG